UCUCUCUCUCUCUCUCUAUCUAUGUCUCUCUCUUGAAUUGCGCAGAACUACAGAUCCAUCUCUUUGGAAGCUUUUGGUGGGAACGACCCAGUCCCCUUUUUCUUCUUCUUGUUCGUUUCCUGUUUGUUUCUAGCAGUCGAGGCCGGUUCCGAUUGUCAGUGGGGUCCACCAGGUGCAUCGACAGCGCCCCGUCAUUCCCGGUUCCGGUCUCUGUAGCGGGGUCUUCGUCGUCGUCGUGAAUCGACCCCCUCUCUGUUUCGGAGGCGACUCUGUUUCCGGAUUCUUCCGAGGUUUCUGCCAUCGCGUUCAUUCGUAAUCUUGAGAUGCGAGCUGCGAACUCCGAACGAGCUGUGGGAGUAGUCGUAGCGACGGACACGAGAGGAAAGCAUCGGAUACAAGCCGAGCUCAAGCGACUCGAGCAGGAAUCCAGAUUCUUGGAGGAAGAGUUGGAACAACUUGAGAAGAUGGAAAAGGCCUCAGUUGCUUGCACAGAAUUGCUCUGUCAUGUUGAAGCAAAGCCCGAUCCAUUGUUGCCAGUAACAACCGGUCCGCUAAAUCCAUCGUGGGACCGAUGGUUCGAGGGUCCUCAAGAUUCGAAACGCUGCAGCUGCUGGAUACUUUGAUAGAGAUCUUGUGGGUCGAACUUUAACUUGGAACUGCUUGGAACGCUGGAGCUUACAGUUACCGAGAGUGUCACUUACAGAUUGUUAUAGUUAACACCGAUAAAACUGUGAAUUCAGAAAAUUAGUAGAAUAACAUUGUGCAGCAAGUUGCCAUUCUUUUCA